UGUGGGGUUUGCGCGGACUCGCAAUAUAAGGACUGGCUGUGAGUUUGCUCGGCAGAUGCUGGCACCCAGCGGCUGUGGGACUGACCGCCGCUCACUCUCCACAUUGCUCAGGAUUCUUCUCAAGCUGCUACCAUGUGGGGGCCGUUCCUGUCGCUGUUGAUCACUUCCAUUUAUUUAACCAACAGAGUUCAAGCUGUCAAAUGGGGGGGAUGUGAACAUGUGGAAGUGCAAAAGAAUUUUAGUCUCGAUCAGUAUAUGGGAACAUGGUAUGAAAUCGAACGAUUUUAUAAUGUGACUGGAGACGUCAGAUGUAUUUCUGAAACAAUAUCCUCGUCCUACAAUGGGAUAGAAACUGUAUAUGAGCUUAUCACUCUGAUUACGAAGGGUAAUGAGGUGACUGAACACACUGCAGAAUUAAUUCCACCUGACGAGACAGCCAAAGAUCAAGCAAAACUUACCUACAGACUUGAUGAACAAAUAGGGCAUGAGCCUAUGGAUGAUGAAGUUGUUUUUCAUUACUGGGUGUUAGACACUGACUAUACAAGUUACUCUCUGGUAUUCUCCUGUGUAUCUUUCCUUGGCAUAAUGCACACCCCAUAUGCCUGGAUUUUUUCAAGAGAACGACAGCUGUCAGCAGAUACCACACAGUACCUGCAUGGUGUCCUGGAAAAAUAUAAGAUUAAAACUGAUGAUCUUGUGAAAAUUAGUCAAGAAGGUUGCUUAUAAAAGACGACCUGAAUGCAUAUCAGACAUUUUACUGUCCAUCAAAAUACACUUAUUUUUAGUUUACUCCAUUGUAAUUUAUACUAGAGGUAGCAUAACUGAAAUUAUAUAAUAUCUGCUGCAGUUGCUGUGAUGGACUAUGAAUUGAGUUAUCUUCAAUAAAGUGCAGGAGUUUGAAGAAAUACCUCCAAUUGUCAAUAUCAACGCCCUCUGAAAUUCAAAUCAAUGGUGAAAUCUUGACUAGUCCAUCACUAGAUGAAGAUAUGUUCCAUUUAAAAUUAGAGACAAUUGGAAUCAGACAUCAUGCUACCAACAUUUGGUCUAAGCACAGCGACUGACUAAUUAGUGCUAAUGCCUUUAAUGGCACUUCUGGUUUGAUCUCCUAAUUAUUUCUUUGCUGUUCUUCCAUUCUUCAAUUAAUCAUGUGCAAUACUUAGAACUUAGAUUAA